AUGACAGUUACUGAUUCCGUUCCGGAAUCAGCUCCAGAAUCUUCUUUUCAACGAACUUCUGUUGAAACCCUAACUUCUUCCAUGAAUAAUGAUCCGCUUUUCUUGGCCAGUUCUGAUCAUCCUGGCAUGAUGUUAACAUAUACUCCAUUUAAUGGAGGUAAUUUCUUUGGGUGGAGCAGGACAAUUAAGAUGGCUUUAGGAGCAAAACUUAAAUUAGGGUUUAUUGAUGGUACUACACCAAAACCAGCAGUUACUGAUGCUUUUCUUUAUGCUCAGUCUGCUCAAGAAUUGUGGAAGGAAAUUGGUGAAAGAUAUGGACAGGGUAAUGGACCUCUCAUAUAUCAAGUUGAAAGAGAACUCAAUAAGGUUAGUCAGGGAGAUCUUUUUGUUGCUGCUUACUAUAAUAAAAUGAAAAGGUUUUGGGAUGAAUUAACCAGUUUAAAUGGUGUUCCUAAUUGUGUGUGUGGAAAGAUGCAAGAAUGUGCUUGUGGUAUUACCAAGAAAUUCCAAGAAAUUGAAAGUAGGACCAAAUUGAUGCAGUUCUUGAUGAGGUUGAAUGAUGGAUUUGAAUCUGUCAGGAACCAAAUUCUGUCCAUGGAUCCACUUCCUAACAUAAAUAAAGCCUAUUAUAUUGUUCAGCAAGUGGAGAAACAGAAACAGGUCACAACUAGUGUACCUGAUCCUUCAGCCUAUUUUGCUAACCAGAAUAGUCAUAAACAAGGUUUUAGAAGAGAUAAUAGGAAUGGUGACCAAAUUAAGAUGAAAAAUUGCACUUAUUGCAAACAAGAUGGUCAUUCUUAUGAACAAUGCUUUGAAAGAUUGGGAUAUCCUGAUUGGUACAAAGGAAAAAAGACUAAGAAAGGAAGCAUAAUGGCUGCUCAAGUAGGGGUUGAUUUAGGAACUAAGGAUUCACCAUUUGAUUAUUCUUAUGAGAAUGAAUUACAAGGUGAUAAGAAAAGUGAGUUUGAUCAGAAUUUGGUAGCAACAGUCUGUGCAGAAAUGAUGAAAAUGUUGAAAGGCAAACAGGCAGAUAUUCCUCAUGCUGCAGAUGUUGGUUCUUCUACACCACAUGCAGGUAUUGAUUUAACUUUCUAUGAAAGGUUACAUGCCUUAGCCUGCCAUGUUUACAUUGAUAUUGAAAAAGAUUGGGUGACUGAUAGUGGUGCUACUGAUCACAUGAUACCUCACUUACAUUUACUUGAAUCCAUUAGAAUCCUUCAUGUUCCUAUUAAGGUUAAAUUACCUGAUGGCAAUAUAAAAUUGGUCACAAAAGUUGGCCAGGUCAAAAUAAAUUCUUCUUUGACACUCACUGAUGUGUUCUAUGUUCCUGAGUUCCAAAUAAAUUUGUUAUCAGUAGGUCAAUUGUUAAAUUCGAAACCCCUAAUUGCUAUUUUUGGCCCUUCCUGGUUUGCUUUUCAGGACCUUUCCACUAACCAGUUGGUGACAGUUGGAAAAGGUCACAACAAGCUUUAUGUGUGCAAGCCAUCUGAAAGUCUUCCUUCUGCAAAUUUCUCUGCUUCAGUCCUUCCUUUAGUUAAUACUUUUGUAAAUAAUGUUGCAAAGAUUUCUAAUAAUGUCUCCAUUGAUUUGUUUCAUGCUAGAUUGGGACACACUUCUAAGUCUAAAAUGAUUCAUGUGGAUGCUUAUAAACAUGUGAAUAUUCCUGAUUUUUCUUGUGAUACUUGUUUGUUGUCUAAACAACAUAGAUUACCUUUUUCUAGAAGUCACUCUCAUUCUUCAAUUCCUUUUGAACUCAUCCAUGUUGAUCUUUAG